CCCUUCCCUCCAAGCUUAGAGAUCAAGCUUAAGCCCUUCCCAUGGCUCCCAAGGGCGAUAACGUGGUCGUUUCGAACAUGAAACUCGAGCGAAUGUUGAGCAUGAAAGGCGGCAAAGGCGAAGGAAGCUAUGCCGACAAUUCUCAAGCUCAGGCUCAACAUGCUAGAUCGAUGCUUCAUCUUCUUAAGGAAACAUUGGACGGAGUUCAUUUGAGCUCGAUGGAUGUUCCGUUCGUGGUGGUCGAUCUCGGCUGCAGCUGUGGUAGUAACACCAUUUACAUUGUGGACGUAAUCAUCAAGCAUAUUAUAAAGCGGUUCGAGGCUUUGGCCGUCGACCCGCCGGAAUUCACAGCGUUUUUCUCCGAUCUCCCUGGAAAUGACUUCAAUACCCUCUUCCAGCUACUCCCGCCGUUAGCCUCCUACGGCAGCAGCAUGGAGGAGUGCCUGGCAGCUGACAACCACCGUUCCUACUUUGCCGCCGGCGUUCCUGGCUCCUUCUACCGCCGUCUGUUUCCGGCAAGGUCCAUCGACGUGUUUCACUCCGCCUUUUCGUUGCAUUGGCUCUCUCAGGUACCGGAGAGCGUGGUAGAUGCGAGAUCGACGGCGUACAACAGAGGGAGGGUGUUCAUCCACGGCGCAAAUGAGGCGGCGGCGGCCGCAUACCGGAAGCAGUUUCAGACGGACCUUGCCGGAUUCCUCCAAGCCAGGGCCCAGGAGCUGAAGAGGAGUGGGUCCAUGUUCCUUGUCUGCUUGGGUCGUACCUCACUGGACCCCACCGACCAAGGUGGGGCCGGCCUCCUCUUUGGGACCCACUUUCAAGAUGCUUGGGAUGAUCUCGUCCAAGAGGGACUAAUAAGCAACGAAAAACGUGAUAGUUUCAACAUUCCUGUGUACGCACCGAGCUUGCAAGACUUUAAGGAAGUAGUAGAAGCAGAUGGUUCGUUUUCCAUAAACAAGCUUGAAGUUUUCAAAGGAGGUAGUCCAUUAGUAGUGAACCAGCCCGACGAUGCUGCAGAGGUUGGUCGAGCUUUAGCCAACAGUUGUCGAAGUGUCUCUGGUGUUCUUGUUGACGCCCAUAUUGGUGAUCGACUCGGGGAUGAACUCUUCUCUCGAGUCGAACGUAGAGCUACAAAUCAUGCUAAAGACCUUCUCGAGAAGCUUCAAUUCUUUCAUAUUGUGGCAUCGCUUUCCCUUGCAUAAAAAAAAACACAAAAAUUAUGGUUUCUUCACCAUUUUCUCUCAUUAUAACUUUGUUAGUGUGUUGUUUUGAGUCAUUUUACUGACUGUGUAUUGUUCAUCUUGGCUUCUUGGAAUCCCGAAAAGAAACAUUGUAAAAAGAAGCUAAGUGUGCAGUGUAACCCUUCUCUUAGUUUAAGGCUUAUUUGUAUGUUCAUAAAUCUCAAACGUCUCUCUUUGUAUGCAAUCGAAAGACUUUAUAAAACCAAAGUAGUUGUGUAUUUAUG